AUGGCUAGCAGUAUUAAGCCACCGUCCGUAGCGGUGAUCGGAGCAGGUGCGACCGGCAUUUCCAUGCUCAAGACGUUGCGUGAGGAUGGUUUCGACGCGAGACUGUUCGAGAGAAGAGGCCGCGUUGGCGGUCUUUGGUCCUAUACCGACGACAAGACAAUGACCACAGCCCUUCCGACCACCCGUGCAGUCAUCAGCAAGUACACUUGCGGUUUCACAGACUUUCCGAUGCCAGACAAGUAUGGGCCUCACCUGACUCAACGAGAUUUCGAGGAGUACAUGGAGUCCUACGCGGAGCAAUUUGAUCUCUACAAGCACAUGACUUUCAACACCACCGUCAAGCAGGUGACACGAAACGCCGAUGGAUCAAAGUGGCGAGUCGAGAUGGUCAAAUCAGGCAUCCCGGAGCACCAGGAGUUUGACAAGGUGGUUUUGUGCCACGGCUAUCAGACUAAACCAAAAAUGCCAGCAUACGAAAGGCAAGAAGAAUACGAAGGUCUUCUGCUUCACUCACAGCAGUUUCGCAAGCCAGAAGAUUUCAAGGGGAAAAAGGUCGUGCUCGUCGGGCUGAGCGCUACCCUGAGCGACGUAGUGUCUGUUCUCGUCAAGCAAACAGAAAAAGUCUACAUCUCGCAUCGCAACGGCAGCAUAAUCGUAGGCCGCUGGCGGAAGGGUGUCCCGACAGAUCUGCUCGUCACUCGUGCCCGCAGGCAGAUGUCCUACUUCCUGCAGAGCCACUUUCCCAACUUGAGCAACAGGCUUGUGAUGCUCGCCACCGGCUUUCUCAUGAAGGAGCACGGCAAGCUGGACCCCUCUUGGCGGCUGCUUCACAACUUGGCCCCGCUCAGUCUGCAUCUCUCCGGAUGUAUAGACACCACCGUCGAGUUGCUCCGAGAGGGCAAGGUCACCUCUCUACACGGAAUACAGCGGUUCCUCGGAGGGAAGUCCAUCGAGUUCACUGACGGAACGAUCCUGGACGACGUCGACGCCGUCAUCUGCUGCACGGGCUACUCGGCAGACUUCGACCUGGUCCCCUUCGUCGAGAUGAGCAAGCCCGCGACGGACACCUCUGGGAACCCCUACGGCGGGCGUCCCAUCGCCCGGCUGUACAUGAACCUCUUCCCGCCAUCGCACGCGGACAGCAUCGCCAUCCUCGCCUACUCGAUGUACGGCAAGAACAACGGGUUUUCCUUCUCGGACGUCACGUCCAUGGCCAUCAGCAACAUCUGGCGCGGCGUCAGCGCCGACAUGAUGCCGCCCCAGCGCGAGAUGGAGCGCGCCAUCGACCGGCACCACCAGUGGAUCGCGGACCGCUGGACGCUCGAGAACAGGUCCGACCCCAGCGCUGUCAAGCAGUGGGAGUUCCAGGGCUUCCUACACAAAGCCGCGGGGACCGGCAUGGAGAACCUCGGCUGGGGGUGGCGCGGCUGGGUCGCCUGGUUCAAGGACCCGUACAUGAGCUAUCUCAUGAACCACGGCGUCGAGACGGCGCACGCAUUCAGGUACUUUGAGACCGGGAAGAGGAAGACUUGGGACGGCGCCAGGGAGGCCAUCAUCCACAUGAACAAGCUGGUGAAGCAACUCAAGUCAAGGAAGUGA